AUUUAAAGCAGACAGCUUAGGUCCAUUAACCUUUAAUCUACAUCUUGAGAGAGACAGAGAGAAGCAAUGGCGCUACCAAAAAUCAAGUUUACACAGCUUUUCAUCGACGGCCAAUUCGUCGACGCCGUUUCAGGGAAAACAUUUGAGACAAUAGAUCCAAGAAAUGGAGAAGUAAUAGCAAAAAUAGCAGAAGGGGAUAAAGAUGAUAUUGAUUUGGCUGUGAAAGCUGCUCGCCAUGCUUUUGACAAUGGCCCAUGGCCUCGUUUCCCUCCUUCCGAAAGAAGAAGAAUGAUGCUCAAGUUUGCCGACUUGAUCGACCAAAACAUGGAAGAAUUGGCAGCACUUGAUAGUCUCGACGCCGGGAAGCUAUACAGCUUGGGGAAGCUCGUCGAGAUCCCUAACGCGGCCGAGAAGCUCCGGUACUACGCGGGCGCAGCCGACAAGAUUCACGGAUCGACAUUGAAGAUGUCCGGGCAGCUACACGGCUACACGCUUCGGGAACCCAUAGGGGUGGUGGGGCUUAUCAUACCCUGGAACUUCCCCUCCCAAAUGUUCACUAUGAAGGUGGGCCCCGCAUUGGCCGCAGGCUGCACCAUGGUCGUCAAGCCCGCCGAGCAGACCCCUCUCUCCGCCCUCUUCCUCGCCCAUUUGGCCAAGCUGGCUAGCCUCCCUGAUGGAGUGUUGAAUGUGGUGACGGGGUAUGGCCACUCUGCUGGCGCUGCAGUAAGCUCCCACAUGGACAUAGACAAGGUUAGUUUCACAGGGUCGACGGAAGUAGGGCGUCUGGUGAUGCAGGCGGCCGCUGCCACUAACCUAAAACCUGUGACGCUAGAACUUGGAGGGAAAUCGCCUUUCAUUAUAUUCGACGAUGUUGAUAUCGAUAAAGUUGCCGAUCUUGCUUGGCGUGCGAUUACAUACAACAAGGGGGAAAUAUGUGUUGCUGGUACGCGCGUUUUUGUUCAAGAAGGGAUAUACGACGCGUUUGUAGUUAAGCUGUUGGAGAAGGUCGAAUCGUGGGUGGUCGGAGAUCCAUUCGAUCCAAAUGUUCAUCAAGGCCCCCAAGUGGAUGAGAAGCAAUACAACAAGAUUCUUUCGUACAUAGAAAUUGGGAAAAAGGAAGGAGCCACUUUGUUAACAGGUGGUAAGCCUGCAGCCAACAAAGGCUACUACAUUGAGCCUACAAUUUUCACUGAUGUAACAGAUGAUAUGACUAUAGCCAAGGAAGAAAUAUUUGGACCUGUGAUGUCACUUAUGAAAUUCAAGAGCGUGGAGGAAGCGAUCAAGAGAGGGAACGCGACUAAGUAUGGGCUGGCAGCAGGUGUGAUGACCAACGAUUUGAACAUUGCGAACACGGUGUCUCGGUCUAUUCGUGCGGGGAUAGUGUGGAUAAACUGCUACUUUGCAUUUAGUGAUACUCUUCCUUACGGAGGUUAUAAGAUGAGUGGUUUUGGAAGAGAUAUGGGAAUGGAGUCUCUCGAGAGUUACCUUCAGACAAAAUCUGUGGCCAUGCCCAUUCACAACUCUCCUUGGCUCUAAUCUUAUGUAUCCAUAUAUUUAUGUACUAGAACCUCUACAAUUCUGAUAAUGAAUCAAACGCAUCAUCAGUUUCCCCCC